AGCGUGAACACAGAGAUAUCUCCGCGGACACACUGCUAUGUCUGUGGUGACCGUCCAAUUGUCAUGCGCAUAAACCCCACACAAAAAACGCUAUUUGGCUCUCAUUUGAUGGUCGUCUUACACACCAUCUGUCUGUCUGCUGUGUCUGCGGACAUACCAAAAGACACCAAUCACACACGCAAAAGAGACACGGAGGGCCAAAAAAGGAGAGGCCUCACACAGCACACUGGAUGAAGACACCAUACAUGCAUGCAUGUCACGUUGAGAAGCGGCAUGCAGCCCUAAAUGAAUCUGACCUUUCGGGCCUCACUCUCACACCACAGUUAGAACACGACUCUCAGCACCUCCACUUCAUCGGCCAUGAAGUACGCACUGCCCCCAAAGAAAGCACUGCCACGCCCAUUCCUCACUCCCACAUAGCCCUCAGGCACAUCCCACCAGGGGAUGCCCUGACAGCAGCUGCGAAUGUCAUCAGCAGCAGCGCCACCCUCAUAGCCCAACUCCAGCCACCCACCGCCCACCAUCAGCAGUUUCGCCCCACGCACUGUCCCCUCCCGCCCGGCCACAUACACUGGCCAGUUGCCGCCUUCCAUCUUGGUCGGCCCCUUGGCGAAGUGGCCGGCCAGCGAGAAAUGCCACAUAUCACAGCGGUACUUCUUCUUGCCUUUUCGGUCGUCGGGCAGCCGGAUACCGGCACUGAUGAAGGCGCCGAAGACGUACUUGUCCUUGCGGAUGAUGAACACCAGACCGCUUGCAUCGCCCACACACCGCAGCAGAUCGCCAUACGACGACCCGUCACUUGAGGCCCUGAAUGAAGAAGACAGACACGCACACAGACACAGACACACACAGAGCACACACACAAAGUCAAACGAUGGACGAUGUCAAUGACAAGAGCAGGGUACCUGUAGAUGAGUUUCAGUCUGCUCGCAGUUGUCGGUCUGAGGAACCGAUAGAGUGCCGCCGACUGGAGGGCAUCGAAGGUCGCACCCUCGAUCACCUGCAGCGACAAACAACAGGACGUCGAUGCGGCUCUCCCUCGCCAUUGUGUGUAUGACCUUGAGUGGGAGAAGUGACCGACCGUCGACACGAAUUGCUUCCACUUCAUCGGCCACGAAGUGCUCACUGCCCCCAAACAGAGCAUCGCCAUCCUCAUCCCUCACCCCCACAUAGCCCUCAGGCACACGAUCGCUGUCGAUGAGCUGACGGCAGCUGCGCAUAUCAUCAGCAGCGCCACCCUUGUAGCCCAACAUCAGGCGUCCCUCAAUCCACCGACCGAUCCACAGCUUCGCCCCGCCCACUGCCCCCUCCCGCCCAGCCACCCACACUGACUUCCUGCCAUCCAGCAUCUUGGUCGGCUUCUCGAAGUGGCCGGCCAGCGAGAAAUGCCACCCAUCACAGAAGUGGACGUUCUCGCCUUUUGGGUCGUCGGGCACUUGAAUGCCAUCACUCAUAUAGACGCCGAAGACGUACUUGUCCUCGCGGAUGACCAAGACCAGGCCCUCCGUGUCGCCCACACACCGCAGCAGAUCGCCAUACUCUGCGCCGUCACGCGAAGCCCUGAGAACAUCAGAGACGACAGAGAAUGACACACAAUUGAUUGCAGUGUCUGUGAUGUGGUUUGUGCGUCGCACCUGUACAGCAGAGUGAAUUCACAUUCGUCCAACAUGGCGAGCGCCAAGACGGAUCGGAGGGCCGCACACUCUGUCGAGCUCAGACUGCUGCCAACGAUCACCUGCACACACAGAGAGGGAGGUCAGGGCAAUUGUGACGAUGCUGCAAUCACCCCAUGGGCAUUCUCACUUGUGGGUCGGGCGAUUGGUCGUCCUCGUCUGUCGUGCUGCGACUCGAGAGAGCCGUGAUGCCAUCCGGCACACCGUCAGACACACUGACGAUGCCAUCACCAUCCUGAUGAAAGUAGACAGCGGAGAUAUACAAAAGGCGAAUCGCCGCCCUGCUGUCUGUGUCUGUCUGACCUCUGGUAUGUCACUCAGGCGAUCGUCGGCAGUCAUUGUGAACACAGACUUGACCGACGAACGGGACAGCACCUGCACACACAAACUCACAAUGCCUCCCCGUCUGUGUGGGUGCCCAUUUCAUUGCUUUUCACUGACCACAGACGGCGGGCCCUCUCGGUGGCUGCGUGUGUUGCUCCUGUGGAUCUUCGUUGGCGGCCUCUCAUUGGUCAGUCGGCCCUCUAACGGAACAAUCUGAACGACGUCACAGACAGCCGAAAUAGGCUGCUUUGUUGAACACAUGAGUGAGCUCUUUUAAUUUGCUUACGUUCAUGGUGUUUGAUGGCUCUGAUGUCUGCGACUGUGUGUCGAGCGGCCGACCGCUGGCAGCACCGUCGUCAUCUGGUGGACAGGUGGUGGUCUGAAGCCAGCCAAGUCAAGAAACAAAGGCCUCAGUUGUCGCCGUGGUGUCAGGACUAGUGUGUUACCUGUCGACUGAGGUCGGUCGUCGGUCCGAUGAACCCGUCCGCCUCCCGACUUGCAGCAGCAGCGGCAGCUGGAGCUGCUGCCGACAGGUGGGUGAGGGGAAUGGGUAGGGGAUGUGGGUGGGGCGGAUGCAUUGGGAAAGGGGGAUCGACAGCAGCUGCAGCGGCCGACACAGAUGCCCCUUCUGCGGCCUGAAAGCAGCACCUGGUGGAGACUGCCUUGAGUGUGUAGUUCGCUUCUCCUCUCACCUGAAUGUCAUCCGAUGUGUCAGGUCCGGGCAUUCUGUUGACCCACUCCUGGACAGCCACGUGUAGCUCCUCCUCGCGCAUCAGCUGCACACAAGGAGAAUCACGAUGCUCAUGGGGCUUGCUGAUCCGAUGCACACGCACUAUUCCAUUUCCCUACCGCCAUUCCAUCGGUGUCGUCAGUGCCUGGUGCAGCAGCGGCAGGUGGCACAACAGAGGACGGCAAAGGACCCUGAGAAGGCAGACAUGCAUCGCCGAAAGGCGAAUCUCUCACUGCGGGCACUCUGUUUGUCUACCUGCAUAUCGUUGAUAACGUGAGCAAGCGAUGGUGCCGGUGAGGCAGAUGGCCCAGGAGGGUUCUGAAGAGAUAGGGGCACGCAGACAAUGAGGGGUCGAUGACUCGUCGAUCUGUGUGACUGAUUUGCUGUAUCCUACCUGCUGACAUCGCUUCCUGAAGUUUUUGAUCCACGUGUCGCUCGCAGAGAAAUCACUGAUGCCCAGCCGAUUGGCAAUCUCCAUCGCCUUGGCUCGGAUAGCCUUUGGGGGGACCUUCGUUAGGUCGUCAUGGUUGGCCAUCCACUGCCGCAUCUCGUCCUCAAUCUGCUGGUACUUGGGCUGUCUGUUGCGCUUCUUAGUCGGGUCGACGAUUCGCAUGCCGGCCUCUCUCUGCUUCUUGAGCUUGGCCCGCCACUGCUUGAAGCGCUUGGGUGGGAUGCCUUUCUCCUUGGCGAAUUGGGGCAUACUGAUGGCCUCUUCGCUGUCCUUUCGCCUCUCAAACUCGUCCACCAGCUGCAGCCGCUUGCCGAUCGUCACCUCGCCCGUCCCACUGGCGGCUUCCUGGAAGCACACAAACAAGCCCAUGAUGGAUGGCGGCAGACAAGGAUACGGCCUCUGAUCGUUCUUGCCUGAGUAGCUGCGUCAUCUGCCGUAUCGUCGCCGUGACAGUCAGGCUGACAGGACACGAGUCUAUGGCGAUGUAAUAGAUUCGUCAAUCAACGCUACCUGCGUUGAGUUGCCGACGUGAUGCGAUUGUCCGAGCGGAUUCGCUGCACCGGUCUGAACAGUUGCAAAGACAAAGGGUCAACACAUUGGGUGCAGAAGUGAUUGUGCUGUCGUAUCCGCACCUGAUGAUGUGGGUCGUCAUGAUUCACUGCGGCGGUACCAGCACCACCACCGUGAGCAGCCUGUUAGAGAACGAGCAGAGCCUCACCGGCAUUGAUUGUGGAUGCAGAAGCUCUGCUGCUGCACGCACCUGUGCCUGGUUGUCGUCAUGAUUGUGAUGGUCCUCGGCCGAUGUGAUGGCCCACAUCCCUAGCCACAUCCAAUCGGCCUACACACACGAAGCACAGACACAGACAAAUGAAUGAAUCAAAGCGGUGACGUGCGGCGACACAGCACACUACCUGUGCGAAACUGUCCCAUUCACUCAUCAGAAUGCCUCCCUUUUGCCGAAACGAUGAAUCACAGUCAGAUCGCCGCAGCUCGCAAGAAGUCGAAGGGUAGAGGGCUGUUUGGUUGCUCAAUGAACUCCCUAGCUGUGUGCUGUUGUGUUGGUUGCAGGUCUGUCC